AUGGCGGGUGUGUGCGCGGUGGUGCGCGGGCCGUGUGGGCGCUGAGGCAGCGCGGCCCUCCCGGGCAGGGCGCCGCCCGGCUGUGCGCGGGCUGGGGCGGAGGCGGAGGCGGCUGCUGCCGUGCGCAGACUGGGGAGCGCGAAAGGUCACCACCCAUGUAAUGGAAUUUUAUCCGAUUCUGUAGAUCAGAUUCCUUUAUUCUGGAUAUCAUGGUGACAAUACAGGAAGUGUGCAUAAUUUCUCAUUUCUACAAGUAGUCUUGACUGCUGAAGGAAGAAAUUUUUAAGCUACAGCAGAAUUCAUUUUGGUACCUUUUAUGGAAAUCCUGAUUUUGUUUUUAAUUUUUUGAUAACCUUUUGCUAAAGGUAUGAACAAGCAAAGAACAUAUCUCAUUAGGCAAGUCCACAGUAAUAAGAAUGCCUAGAAGAGGACUGAUCCUUCAAACCCGGACCCACUGGCUGCUGUUGGGUCUUGCUUUAUUCUGCAGUUUGGUAUUAUUUUUGUACCUUCUGGAAUGUGCCCCCCAGACCGAUGGAAAUGCAUCUCUUCCUGGGGUCAUUGGGGAAAAUUAUGGUAAAGAGUAUUAUCAAGCACUACUGCAGGAGCAAGAAGAACAUUAUCAAACCAGGGCAACCAGUCUGAAACGCCAAAUUGCCCAACUAAAACAAGAAUUACAAGAAAUGAGUGAGAAGAUGCGAUCAUUGCAAGAGAGAAAGAAUGUAGGGGCUAAUGGCGUAGGCUAUCGAGGCAACAAGGAACAAGCACCUAGUGAUCUGUUAGAGUUUCUUCAUUCCCAAAUUGACAAAGCUGAAGUUAGCACAGGAGCCAAACUACCUAGUGAGUAUGGGGUCAUUCCUUUUGAAAGUUUUACCUUAAUGAAAGUAUUCCAGUUGGAAAUGGGUCUCACUCGCCAUCCUGAGGAAAAGCCAGUUAGAAAGGACAAGCGAGAUGAAUUGGUAGAAGUUAUUGAAGCUGGCUUGGAGGUCAUUAAUAAUCCUGAUGAAGAUGAUGAACAGGAAGAUGAGGAUGGUCCCCUUGGAGAGAAACUGAUAUUUAAUGAAAAUGACUUCAUAGAAGGUUAUUACCGCACCGAGAGAGAUAAGGGCACACAGUAUGAACUCUUCUUUAAGAAAGCCGACCUUAUGGAGUACAGACAUGUGACCCUUUUCCGCCCUUUUGGACCUCUCAUGAAAGUGAAGAGCGAGAUGACUGACAUCAGUAGAUCAGUUAUUAACAUCAUUGUGCCGCUUGCUGAAAGAACUGAAGCAUUUGUGCAGUUUAUGCAGAACUUCAGGGAUGUAUGUAUUCGUCAGGACAAGAGGAUUCAUCUCACAGUGGUGUAUUUUGGUCAAGAAGGACUGUCUAGAGUCAAGUCCAUCCUAGAAUCUGUCACAAGUGCAUCUAAUUUUCACAAUUACACCUUAAUCUCACUGAAUGAAGAAUUUAAUCGUGGACGAGGACUAAAUGUGGGUGCACGAGCUUGGGACAGCGGAGAGGUCUUGAUGUUUUUCUGUGAUGUUGAUAUAUAUUUCUCAGCCGACUUCCUUAACAGCUGCCGGUUAAAUGCUGAGCCAGGUAAAAAGGUGUUUUACCCUGUGGUGUUCAGUCUUUACAACCCUGCCAUUGUUUAUGCCAGUCAGGAUGUGCCACCUCCUGUGGAGCAGCAGCUGGUUCACAAAAAGGACUCUGGCUUUUGGCGAGAUUUUGGCUUUGGAAUGACUUGUCAGUAUCGAUCAGAUUUUCUGACCAUUGGUGGAUUUGACAUGGAAGUGAAAGGUUGGGGUGGAGAAGACGUCCACCUUUAUCGAAAAUACCUGCACGGCGACCUGAUUGUGAUCCGGAGCCCGGUCCCUGGCCUUUUCCACCUCUGGCACGAGAAGCGCUGUGCCGACGAGCUGACGCCGGAGCAGUACCGCAUGUGCAUCCAGUCCAAGGCCAUGAGCGAGGCCUCGCACUCGCACCUGGGGAUGCUGGUCUUCCGGGAGGAGAUAGAGGCCCAUCUCCGCAAGCAGGCGUACAGGACAGACAGCGAGGCUGGGGGCUGACGUCGCCGUGACACCUAGCCUGACACAACCAGCACUGUGUAUUUAGCCUUAAUCCCAGUUCCAGACGCAGCGCCCGCCUCCUUCAGAGAAUUACGCUGACUUUUUGUGUUCUUUCUGACAUUACUUUAUUUCAGCAGUUUAACUACAUGAGAGAAGAAACACCAAGUGUUUCAAUGCAGAGCCUGUGUUUUGUAAGAAUACUGCACUAUGGAAUCACUGACAAAUGGAAACCUUGGGUUUGUCCCACAGGUAGUGUUGAGUUUGUUCCUACCCUGUGCCUGUGUUCUGCUGUGUCCUGGUGGCGUCUGGACCAAGAGGCAUGUCCUGCUUCUGGCGGGCCAGGAGCGCCCGCCCUGCAGAGUGUCCAGUGUCACGGUGCAGUGUGUGGCACAGCUUCCCCAUCUGCCGGGAACUGAGUCCGCCUGUUUGGUUUCUAAGUGGACAUCUUUGGUCAGUUGCUUGAAGAAUCCUUUUUUCACUGAAGCAGAGGAUAAUUAAAUGACAAAUCUGAAAUCCCCAACCAACCAAGAGAAAACAGAAACAAAGGACCCUUAACUUAAUGUUGCUUAGCCCCCUGAAUGUUUUAAACAAAUGGGUAAUAGUAGGAAAUGCUUAGGUUAGAAUCUAUGACUUGAUUAAAAAUAGAAAGUAUUACUACUUUUCAGCACGUUCAGGAUUAGAAGUCAAAGUUGCUGUAGACUGCUUUGAACAAACUGAACACAACAUGGAAACGUCUUUAACAGAACAUUGAACUUUAUUGGCGCGCAGGACACUAGUGGUGUCUCCGUGAGCCUGGGCUCUGGCAGGGACUCCUGUAGGGGGUACUUCCGAACAGAGAGCAUAGCAUGGGGCUGUGUGCUUUUGCUUUCUAUGUCUCACUUAGCAUGCAUCCAUAUGUAUUUAUUACUUUUUCUCCUAGUAUGUUAAUAUAUGCCACAUCUGUAUUUGUGUUGUUAUAAUACUUUGAGAGUUUCACUGAAGGACGAAAAAAACAAAAUUUAAUGAGGUAUACCAUAAAAUCACACUGAUUUAAUAAAAGGGGAGUAGGGAAGGUAGUAUGAAUGGAAAUCUGAAUUGCAGAAUAUUUUAGAGAUAUAUAUUAGUUGCAGAUAGAAUGGUUUUAAUUGAGGUAUAAAUUAUAUUAAUGAGAUAAUAUGAAUAAGAAGUUAUAUUCAGAUAGGACUAUACUAUGUUAUUUAUCACACAUGGAUCUUUUACCAUAGGGUCAAUUGCUGGAUCCAGAAAUUGGUGAUAUGGUAAAAGGCAUACAUAGAUUUUUGAACCUUUGGAUUUUGAAAGGGACCUCUGUUGUAUUCUUUCUAUUUGUAUAUAAACCCCUGAAAAUUCACAAAAGAAAAAGCAUUAUUCUUUUGGCUCAGUAAAUACAUUCUGUCUGAAAUAAAAAUGCCAAAUUUCUCGGUGCUACAUGAAUUCAAUUUUACAAUAACUUACUAAUUAUUCUUACAAGUUUUUUUAAGUUGGGGUAGCACUUAGGCUUUUUUUUUUAAGAUGUGUAAAAUGUUCUCUGCAAAAUUACUCAGAUCAUUGUCUCCUUUUAUAUACAAGUAUUUAUUAAGAAGACCAGUGAAUUACAGUAUUUAAAGUGAGGGAACCUAAUUAUUUUUAAAGGAAAGUUGCAACUUAUUUUUUGACAGAAUUAAAUGAUUGUACCUUUUCUCCUGUGUUUUUUUUUUUUUAAACUAGCUUUUAGUUUAAAGAUGGAAGCUAAGCAAUGGAAACAUUACUAUGUAUUUGACAUUA